AUGGCGUCAAAGGACAAGUUGAUUUCUUGGGAAGACUACCAAGGCUGCCUCAAUGCCUACUGGGAGUGGGCCGAGAGCUACGAUUCCAAGGACUGGGCCCGCUUGCGUAAAAUCGUCGCCCCCACCGUCCGCAUCGACUACCGCUCCUUCCUGAACAAACUCUGGGAAGCCAUGCCGGCUGACGACUUUAUCGCCAUGAUCUCCGACCCCAAAGUGCUCGGCGACCCGCGUCUUAUGACCCAGCAUUUCUGCGGCGCCAGCAAGUGGGAGAAGGUCUCUGACACCGAGAUCAUCGGGUACCAUCAGCUCCGUGUUCCGCAUCAAAAGUACACGGAUGCCACCCGCACCAAAGUCCUCGUCAAGGGACAUGCACACAGCAGCAAUAUGCACUGGUACAAGAAGGUCGACGGCGAAUGGAAGUUUGCAGGCUUGAACCCCAACAUCAGAUGGGGCGAGUAUGACUUCGACAAAGUUUUCGAGGAGGGCAGAGAGGAGCUGGGAGACAAGGAGAAGGAGAAGAUUGCAGACGAAGUGGCCCAGGCCGCCGAGGGCAUUCCCUCCAAGUAA